UAUUUAGAUCUAAAGUCCUGAAGACAAUAUACCCAAAAGAAGGAGGCACAGACCCAGUCCUGUCUGACAGUGAUGAAGAUAUACAUGUACCCACUCAAAUACAAAUUCUGCAACCCAAGAAGUCAAAGAUGUACACAGUGACUCCUCCUCCAGAGGGUUUUGACUAUGAAGAAUCCACUCAUUUGAUCUCUCAUGUGAUGCAGCAAGAUUCUGAGUCUUUAGAUAAUGCCAGUGGCAGUGAAGGGGACGGUACUACACAGUAUAAAAGAAGAAAAAGGAAAAGACAUGGCAAACCAUUUCAUGCAAGGGAACAAGCAGUUGUCUCCACUGCUGAAGGAAUGGAUGCUGCCAGCCCUAUAAAAACAAACUGCAGAAACAAAGUGGAUUCAAAUAAGUCUGAUUCUUGUAAGGAUUCUAAUCUUGAUGAUGAUUUAAAAAGUACUACAGGAAUUCCAAACACUCAUAAUCUUACAAAGAAUCAAAAACGGAAAUUGAAGAAAAAAAGAAGGAAAGAAAAAGUAAAGGGAAAGGAGCUGGAUGUAUUAAGCAAAGACUUCACUUAUGACUCGGAAAGGCAUCAAGUCAAAUGUGAAGAAUUACAAAGAGAAAAGAUGCUGGUUUGCCGAGAGAGUUUCAAAGAAUUUCUGUCCAACUUAUGGGAAGUGUAUUCCUCUGAAGUUCAAAUACAGAGUGAUAAUACUACUUAUUGCAAGUUUAAAGAUCCAGUAACGAAAUUUCUUCAGUCAAUUGAUGAUGAGACAUUAUUAUCAGACAGUGAUGUGAGUUAUCUUGACAGAAUCAAGACUGUCCUCUUAUUGAAAGAUAGAGAAAGAUUUGGAAUGCUUAUGAAGGAUUGGAGAGAACAUUCUAAGGUGGAAAUAGAAUUUGUCCAUGCUGUUUGUAAACUUUCGGAGUAUUGGCUAUCGUCAGUGGUGACUUCAUGACAAAUCUUGCACCUGGGGGGCAGUCAGCAAAAGAGGCUGUUGAUGUUCAUGAGAAUAUAGAACAGCAUGCGAGAGUAAUGGACCUAAACGUGGAAACAUAGGGUCAGGAUCUGUUGAAAAAAAAA